AUGUCGUGUGGUUCUAUAACACCAAGGACAACAUCAACGACAGCAGUAGUUUCAUGUUCCACAGGCGAUUGUUGUUUCAAUAUUCUUCAAUUACCACCUGAAAUUUUAGCAAUCAUAUUUUCCAAGAGUUUUGGAAAACCAUCAUUUGAUCAGUUAUUAAAAUUUUCGACUGUAUGUAGUCAAAUUCGACAUUUAAUUACAAACGAGUGGUUUCUACAAAAAUAUUAUUUUUCGUUUUUCCAUAACGUUAUUAUUUGGUGUAGGUUUUCAAAUGAAUCAAUUGCUGGUGGCGGUAUUGAUUUUUUACAUAAUUCAGUUAAAACUAAUAUCGUUGGUGAUAAAGGAAUGAUCACCUGGCCUACACUACCUCAAAUUGAACUGAAUGGAUUUUUUGAUCACGCUCCAUGUUUAAAAUUUAGUGAUAACAACACACGCAUUGAAAAACGUUAUGAAUUGAAUGCUGCUGAUAGUUUUUCAGUUUCAUUUUGGUUUUUGGCAGCAUGUAGAACAGAUUUACCAUUUAUAUAUAUUCGAUUUACAAAUGAAGAAAGUAGAUUAUCUUCUUUUCUUCGAAUAAAUGACAAGAAUCAGUUGGAAUUCUGUGCUACUCGUACAACCGGAUGGAUAACAUUGGGUCAAUUGCAGAUGAAUGAAUGGCAUCAUAUUGCGCUUGUAUUUUUACCAUCAUCAUCGGAAACACCGACAAUGAAAAUUUAUGUGAAUAGUAAUAAAACUACGCUGGAAAUACAUAAAUUACCCAUAAUAGGGCCGUUCGAAUCUUUAAAACUCGAACUACGAUAUGUAAAUGGUAGUUUUGCCGACUUGGCUGUUUGGUCUACAGUAUUGUCAUCAAUUGAAGUUCGUGCAAUUUAUGAUCAAAAAACAACAAUUAAUAAAGUUAAUGUUGCUAAAUAUAUAUUAGAUAAUUGGAAUAAGGAAUAG